AUGAAUUCUAAGGAUUCCAAGGGUGGGGAGGCAGCUUGUGCAAAGGUCCUGAAGUUGGAUGAAAGAGAACAUGUAAAAACUGCUAUCAGAUAUGAUCAGAACUCUGAGGUCAAAGAUGCCAUGAAGUUGUGUGGGACAAAACUUACAGGGGUUUUUAAACUCAGCAUUACUGGGAAGAAACCAGCUUCAACUGGUAGUUUUUCCCAGGUCACAUGUGCCAAUUUAACGAAUGGUGGAAAGUCAGAACUUCUAAAAUCAGGAAGCAGCAAAUCCACACUAAAGCACAUAUGGACAGAAAGCAGCAAAGACUUGUCUAUCAGCCGACUCCUGUCACAGACUUUUCGUGGCAAAGAAAAUGAUACAGAUUUAGACCUGCGAUAUGACACCCCAGAACCAUAUUCUGAGCAAGACCUUUGGGACUGGCUGAGGAACUCCACAGACCUGCAAGAGCCUCGGCCCAGGGCCAAACGAAGGCCCAUUGUUAAGACGGGCAAGUUUAAGAAAAUGUUUGGAUGGGGUGAUUUUCAUUCUAACAUCAAAACAGUGAAGUUAAACCUGUUGAUAACUGGGAAAAUUGUAGAUCAUGGCAAUGGGACAUUUAGUGUUUAUUUCAGGCAUAAUUCCACUGGUCAAGGGAAUGUAUCUGUCAGCUUGGUGCCCCCUACAAAAAUAGUGGAAUUUGACUUGGCACAACAAACCGUGAUUGAUGCCAAAGAUUCCAAGUCCUUUAACUGUCGCAUUGAAUAUGAAAAGGUUGACAAGGCUACCAAGAACACACUCUGCAACUAUGAUCCUUCAAAAACCUGUUACCAGGAGCAGACCCAAAGUCAUGUAUCCUGGCUCUGCUCCAAGCCCUUUAAGGUGAUCUGUAUUUACAUUUCCUUUUAUAGUACAGAUUAUAAACUAGUACAGAAAGUGUGCCCCGACUACAACUACCACAGUGACACACCUUACUUCCCCUCCGGAUGAGGAUGGACAUUGGUGAGACUGAAGCCUGAGGAAUUAAAGGUCAUAUGACAGGGCUGUUACCUCAAAGAAGAAGGUCACAUCUGUUGCCUGGAAUGUGUCUACACUGCUGCUCUUGUCAACUGGCUGCAAAUAUGCUAGUGGAAAACAAUCUGAUGUAAUUUCUGCCCAGUCAGCUUCAUCUGUCAGCAUAGUUGUAAAAUCACUACAGGUUUUAAAGGCACACUUGAAGACAUACUCUCACACAUAGAUAUACAUAAACACACAUUCAUAUACAUUUCAGCUUGCAUCUGUCAUGAUUCCUGUCAGGAGGGCUUUUAUUAUCUGACUCAUAAUGGUUCGGAAUAAACCAUCAUCAAGCAAAAGGAUUAACCAAACAGUGAAUGGUUUCUAACACUUGCUGUUAUGGAAAUCUCUUUUAAAGUCUUGAGUACAUGCUAAUCAAUAAUCCCCACUCAUGCAUUCCUACUGCUUGGAGUAGCUGUACUGGUAAAUACUACUGUAGGAGUAUAUGCUUGUUCAAAUGGAAAAAAAUGUGUCUUUAGAGCUCAGUAUUCUUUAUUUUAUGAACACAACAAAGUGUAGUAACUCUUUUCCAGCAUACAGUAGGCACAUUCAAGGUAAUAUAAGAUGGCUCUUUUUUUUUUCUAUGGAGGGAGCCUGCUUCAGUAAAGAUGAGCAAACAUUUGGAAUUUACAUGUGGGCAGACGUUGGAUUACAGCUUUCAUCACCAGUCAUUGGACUUCCGCAAAGUUGAGACCAACUAGGGCUGCUUAAAACAAGUUCUGAUCAUUAUAUAAGAAGGAAAAUGCCUGACAGACACCAUGUAAGUUAUAAGUGUCUGUCUUAUCUUUACUACACAUAUUGUAACAAAUUCAAUAUCCUAGUCUUCAUUUGUAUGAAUGGUUUGUAUUGUACAUAGUUUAACCAAGUGUUAUUUGAGCUGCUUAUUAAUAUUAACUUGUACUUGUCUCUCUGCUUGUUAUUGGUUAAAAAAGAAAAAAAAGGAUAUGAGGAAUCCAUUUUAUCAAUGUAGCUGUGACCUCCAUUAAAAAGACAAACUUAAUGUACAAAGCAUUUAUUCAGCUCAAGUAUUGUUGAAAGCUAUACAUAUACAACAUUACAGUCUGUCUGUAUUUAGAUAUUUUAUUUCUGGACAAAAUGAA